AUGUGUGAUCACGGCAAUGCGACGACAUCAAGCGAGACCUCUGUGGGGACGAACACAGCGACCGCCGCGGCCACAGCCGGGCCCAGCAAGGCCCCCCCACAAGCCGCCAAGUUUCGCCACGGUCUCUUGCAGCUCAUGAUUCAUACCAUCGAUCCGAUGCAUGACGGUAAAGUGGACGAAAAAGCCACGCAGCUGCAUGCCAUAGCAUCACUGAAAGUGCUGCUAGAGGCAACGAGGCCGACAGCAGGAGGUGCCGGGGCUGCCGCAGCGAGGCAUUCCGCGGCGGCGGCGCAGGCUAAGGAGACGCCCCUCGACCUGCCAAACGGCGGGAUUGCGGAUGUCCAAUUAGAUGCUAUAGAAGAGAUUGUUGGGGCGUGA